AUGGCGGCGCCCGUCAACGUCUCCAACGCGACCAAUGUGACGGCCACGGCCGCUUCCGAGGUGGACGAGAACCAAUACUCGGACGACGCCACCUGGAUCUUAACUAGCGCCUUCAUCAUCUUCACCAUGCAGUCAGGGUUCGGAUUGUUGGAAAGCGGAACGGUUUCUCCUAAGAACGAGGUAAAUAUCAUGGUGAAGAACGCGUCCGACGUACUGUACGGAGGCCUGGCCUACUGGAUGUUCGGAUACGCGUUCAGUUUCGGUGACAGCCCCUGGAGUAACGCGUUUUGCGGGCUGGGGCAGUUCUUCGUGGACGCAGAGGAAGCCAAGAUGGGCUGGGUCUUCUCUAAGUUUUUCUUCCAGAUGUCUUUCGCGACCACGGCCACAACUAUCGUCUCAGGAGCGAUGGCAGAGCGGACAAAACUCCAGGCUUACAUGGCGUUCUGUGUUCUCAACACUCUGGUGUUCUGUUUCCCCUCUCACUGGGCCUGGGACAGUAAGGGCUGGCUGAACAAGAUGGGGUACGUGGACGUGGGAGGUGCAGGACCGGUGCACCUGCUAGGGGGCGUGUGCAGCCUGGUGGCGACGCUGAUCCUCGGCCCUCGGCACGGCCGCUGGGACAGGGACGAGGCUCCGCCCAUGGGCUCCCCCACCAACGCGCUACUGGGCAUGUUCAUGCUCUGGUGGGGUUGGCUGGGGUUUAACUGCGGCAGUACCUUCGGCAUUACCGGCGGCAAGUGGAAACUAGCUGCCAGGUCGGCUGUGUCCACCAUUACAGCGUCCAUGGGCGGAGGUAUCGUGGCUGUCGUGCUCAGUUACGUCACCAAAAAGCGGAAGUUUGACAUCUCGUACCUGAUCAACGGCAUUCUGGGAGCUUUGGUGGGCGUCACAGGGAUCUGUGCCCUGGCGCACCCGUGGGAGGGACUGGCGAUAGGCGCCGUGGGGUCCUUCCUGUCGUGUGUCGGCACGGAGAUGAUGGUCAAACUGCGCAUUGACGACCCGGUGGGCUGCUUCCCCGUGCACGGGCUGUGCUCGGUCUGGGCGAUCCUGGCAGUCGGCAUCUUCGGGCACGUGGACGGGCUGGAGGGCGUCAGUAGGUACGACGGGCUCAUCAGGGGAGGCGGGUUCUACCUGCUCGGUGUGCAGGCGCUGGGCGCAGUCACCUUCAUCAGCUGGGCCUGCGUCAUGUCCUUCAUCCUGCUCAAGGUCAUCGACAAAACCAUCGGACUGCGGGUGUCUCUGGAGGAGGAACUGAUCGGAGCGGACAUCUGCGAGCACGGCGUCGGCUCACCCGACGACAACCCCACGCCGGAGUUCACCGAGGCGUCCGGUAAGGACUCCGCCGACUCCGACGACGAUGGCGUGCUUCCAACUCUUCUCGCUAGGGGGGGCCCCGUCCGCCGCUCGAAGCGCCCGCACAGCCUCGGCAAGCGAUUCGGUCUCAGGCGCCUGUCCUUCCGCAGCAGCUUUAGAAAGCCUCCGCGGAGCGUCCUGAGUCUCACGGGCGGGCAGAAGGACCAUCCUCCCGGCCUAGACAACCCCCGCCCCGUGUACGACCACUCACCCGACGGUAACGGCGCUCUGCUGUACCCGAAGAUUGUUGUGGGGUAG